AUGAUACUUCAAGAGGUUAAUAAAAAAAAUUAUUUUUAUUGUAUUAAUAAAUAUUAUGGGUGUGUGAAACGUACCUUUUAUAGUUAUAAGAAUAUAAAAUUUUAUAAAAAAAAUAAUUUAUAUAUAAACGAAUAUGAAAAAAAUAAAACUAUAAGUUACAAGGACAUUAGUAUAGGUAUAUCUAGAGAAUAUUUUAAUAAUAAAAGAUAUUAUAAUAAAUUAAUAAUAAAUAACAAACACAAAGUUGAUGAUAAUGUAUUUAUUACUCCUACGGUUUUGUCAAAACAUUUAAAAAGCAAAUAUUUUUCGACAAGUCAUGAAACCCUUAAAGGAGUUAAUAAUAUAUCAACCAAUUGUGAAAAUAUAAAAAAAAAAAAAAAAAAUGAACAACAAAAAAAUGAAGAAAAUAAAGUCGAAGAAAAACAUAAUAAAGAAAAUAAAAUCGAAGAAGAACAUAAUAAAGUAAAUCAAUUAAAAGAAGAACAUAAUAAAGUAAAUCAAUUGAAAGAACAACAUAAUAAAGUAAAUCAAUUGAAAGAACAACAUAAUAAAGUAAAUCAAUUAAAAGAACAACAUAAUAAAGUAAAUCAAUUAAAAGAACAACACAAUAUAGAAUUCCCUGCUACACUAAAACCUAGCAACAUUAACAAUAAAAAGGGUGUGUAUCAUGAAGAAAGAGAAGAGACAAUUAACAAAGACCAUGAAGGGAAAAUAAAAAAUGCAAAUACAUAUCCUCAUAUAAACAAAAUAGAAGAUAAUAGAAAUGAACAUAUUGAUAUGAUUAAUAUUUUAAAAAAAAAAAAAAUUAUAAUAAAUGAAAAAGAAACUAAAAUAACGAAAUUUUGUAAUAAAAGUAAUAAAGCUUUAAAAUGUGUUAUAUCAAUUUUAAAAAAAACGAGUAAUAAAAUAAAAAUUAUUAUAUUACAACCUUCCAUAUUAAAAGUUUAUUAUGAAAAUAUAAAAAAAAAUAUAAAGCAUACAAUAGUAUGGGUAAAAACGGGUAUAUUGUUAUUUUUAACAAAUAUGAAAAUAUCAAAAAAUUUGAUUAUUAAAAGAUUAAAAGGUUAUCGAUUAUCUUAUUCAGAAUAUAAAUUAUUAAUUAGAACUAUGAAUGAUAUGUUUAAAUUAAUUCCAUUUUCUUUUUUUAUAAUAAUACCAUUUGCUGAAUUUCUGUUACCAAUAUUUUUAAAAAUAUAUCCUAAUCUUUUACCAUCCACAUUUAAAAAUGAUGAUAAUUUUAAUAAUAUUAAAAAAAAUUUAUAUGCAAAAGAGCAGCUAGCCAAAUUUUUACAACAGCUCAUAGAAGAAAAGGAAAAGCAGUUAAAUGAAAACAUAGGAAUUGAUUCAGAGAAAAAAAAAAAUAUUUUAAAUAAAUUCCAUCAACAAUUAAUUAAUAAAGAUGAAAAAGAUAUUAAUCCUUUCCUUAGUGUUAAUGAUACUUUAAAAAUUGCAAAAAUUUUUAAAGAAGAUUUUGUAUUAGAUCAAAUGAACUUAAAAACAUUACAAACAAUAUGUCAUCUUUUAGGAUUGAAACCAUAUGGUAUACAUUAUCAUGUUGUAUUACAAUUAAGACAUCAUUUCUUAAGAUUACAAAGAGAAGAUAGAGAAUUAAUAUAUGAAGGUGUUGAUAAUUUAAAACAUAACUCAUUAGUAGAAAUAUGUAGAGAUAGAGGUAUGAACUUUAAUACAACCGAAAAAGAAAUGAAAGUACAAAUUCAACAAUGGUUACAACUAGCUAGCAUUAAAGAAGUUCCAUAUAUACUUCUCUUAUAUAUUAGAUGUGUAGUUGUAACACAUGCCAUCAUGGAUAUACAUGAUGAAGAAAAAAAAAAUCAAAACUUACAAAAUGGAAACAACAACAAUAAUAAGGGUACUAGUAAUAAUAAUAAUAUUAAUAAUAACAAUAAUAAUAAUAACAAUAAUAACAAUAACAAUAACAAUAAUCAUUCUGAUAAUAAUAAUAACAUUCCUCAUUCAUCACACAUUGAUGAUAAACAAAAACUAAUACAAGAAGCUAAAGAAAAAUUAGAUGAUUUAAAAAUGAAAGAACAAGAAAUUAAAAAAAAUAUUAACAAACAAACAGACGAAGACGAUAUACACAAUAAGGAAAAUAAUGUCAAGGUUGAUUUUGUUAAAAAAAAUAAAUAUUUGCAGAAUGAAUUGAACAUGUUGAAGCGUAUUUGUGACUUACAGCACAAAGAACUUAAAAUUGCCUUUACCUCCUUAACAGAACUAGCCGAAAAAAAACAAUCAUGCGACAUUAACCAACUAAUCAAAAAUAUGUCCCAAAGAUUGCUAGAUAUUGAAAAACACAUUAGCGAACUGAAUGUACAUAAGCAAGUGGAAAUGGAUGAAUAUUUUUAUCCCGAAGAUAAAAAAACUGACGAUUCUUUGAAUGUAAAAAAUUAA